GGUUCCAGCUAGCUAGGGAUGUCAAAUGCAUAGCACGUCGCUCCUUUUUGCAGUUUUUAUCAUAUUUAUUCCGCAGGAGGGCCUUUUAAAAUAAUAUUUCUGCCUCACAUAUUAAACUAAAUACAACAUGGCGACGUGCAUUUCCUUUCAAAGCCAGCUGUCCUCAAUAAUGGAGGUUUUGGUGAAAGCAGCAGUGUCUGAGAUCUCCAAACUAGUCGAUGAUAAAUGUGCGUUUUUGCACCUUGAAAUAUCCCGAAAACAAAGCGAAAAUGAGAUGCUGAAGAGGAAAUUAUCAAUGAUGGAGAACAAAAAUGCUCAGUUGCAGCGAGGGUUUGAGAACUACAUGGACCGGGGAACUGACGUGGGGGGUAACUGUCCACGUCCCACAGGAGAUAUGAAGUUUCCUGAGAUUGCAGAUGCCUCUGUUUCAUUCACAAUUAAAGAAGAGAGUCCAGAUGAGACGCUGUGGAUCACUGACUCUGCUGGAUCCAUCGGUCCUGCUGUUCAGUUCCCAAACCCGGCUGUUGCUCCAGAGAGCCGGCGGCUUGAAGGUGACCGUCAGAUAAACCCUUCAGAGGUUUCCAGGCAGAAAACAUCUGAGUUUGGUGAGUUGUACAACUCCAGUCAGCUUUCAGGAGACAUCAGUGGCCUUCAGUUCAACAUAAAGACGGAGAAGGAGGAGAGCCAGUCCAGAUACAGUGGUGAUGGGUGUCAGCAUGGCGUGGGGAAGCAGACUCAGCUCACUGCUGAUUUUUCCUUGGACGAACGGGAGAAUCAGCUCUGGUCGUCUAUUAUGGAAAGUGAGGACAUUGAUGCAGGCUUUCCUGAUUUUUCCAGUGUGGUGGAGGAGUAUUCCCAAACAUUCCCGGAAAAUCCUGACUCUCAUGUUGGUUCAAACAAGUUGUCUGGAGUCCAGCAGCUGUCCUCUCAGAGGCCGUGUAACGGGAUGUACAACAGUGAGUAUCAGAAGGACGUCCCACAGUCGUCCAGUUUCCAGUCCAGACCUCAGGGCGCUCUGUCGCAGCAGGACCGGCAGAAAGAGGACAUUUACUCAUCACACACUGCACAUCUGAGGCCGCCAGAUCAGCACACAGAGAGGGACACUUCAGCUGGAGAUAGACUCGGCGUAACUCCAUCACAGAACACUUUUUCAUCAGGCAGCUUCUCCUACCACAUCCCCCACCGACCCCCCUCCACCAUGGCACGAGGCCACGUCUGCUUACAGUGCGGGAAGGCGUUCAGCCGCCUGCAUCAGUUUAAGCUUCACCAGCAGAGCCACAAGAGAAAGCGUGCGUUCUGGUGCGUCGUAUGUGGAAAGAAUUUCCAGUGCUCCUCCCACCUCAGCAUUCAUCACCGCACGCACACGGGCGAGAAGCCAUUCGGCUGUGGACAGUGCGGGAAGAGAUUCACGCAGCAGAGCAGCCUGAGAGUCCACCAGCGCACUCACAGUGGGGAGCGGCCGUAUAGCUGCUCGCUGUGUGGCAAAACCUUCAUCAUGAUGCAUCAUUUGAAGCGACACAGAAUCAUCCACACGUACAGCCAAGGAGGAGACGUGUAAAGCAAACUGCUCAGGAGAAAAGACACAAGUGACCCGAGGAAACCAAACAGAAGAGGCAUGGAGAUGAGGCAUUUUGUCUUGGAUUUAUACUCAUGGGACAUUUUUCACAAACUUUGUAAAUUAACGCAUAUUUGACUAUGCAAAGAUCCACAUGGGCGGAUUAUAAGAUGCUUCGUUUUUUUAAAUGCUUGUCUUAAUAUUAUUUAAACUGUCACAAACACCAGUAUUUUGAAGACACCUCUGACGCUAGAUAUCCCAAAAAAAACAAAAACAAAUCCAGACUCAUUGAAAAACAUCCUGCUGAUUCCUUCUGUUUACCUGCUUUCUGAUCUUCUCUCAUAGAUACUGUUUUAGCUUCUCAUGUAUAAAUCUGCCUUAUUUUUAUCCCAGCACUGAGACUUUAGAAGCACAAGAUGCUCUUAAGCUCCCAUAGAGUCUUUCCCUUUCAUUCAGAGCCAGUGAAGAACCUCUCAGGAUUCAAUUUGGUGUUAAAUUGUAAAAAAAUCCUGCCUGACUAUUGUUUAAAGGUGAUUUUUUAAUUAAAUGUGUC